CAACUUUUCAAGGCCUUUGAGCGUCUUUUUGAAUUGGCGUCUAGGAAAUGGGAGCUGCUUAUACGAAAAUUGUGAAUUAUUUAUAUAUUGUGGAACAUGGUGAAGCCACAUCGGAUUCUAACCUUAAAAAAGCUAAGAUAACAUGUACACUAUCUUCAACAAGAAAACCAGCAAAAGCUAGUCCAUACUGGAAACACAUUGAGCUAAAUAAGUCAAAUGAAGAGUCGCUGAAAGUUAAUUUAAUGGCUGGAGCAAGAUUCAUCCAUGAGUCUAGAUGUGGUCGUGAAAAUAUCGCUGUGAUAAUUGAUUCAAACAAUCAUCAGUCUGCAAUUUUUGUCGUCGCAUAUUUCUACAUUUUAAGUGGACUACCAGUGCGACUUGUUCGUAAAGCUGUUAUGAAGCUUAGAGAAAGACUAGAUCUUACUGAAGAGUUUGAUUCUACCAUAGAAUCACUAACUGAGCUAAAAACUCCAAAAGAAUUAAGAGAUGAACUAUUCGCGCAUACCUCUGGAUAUACAGAAGACCUGUUAAUUGAAGAUUUGAAAAAAAUCUAUCAAUCAGCUGAUUUAGAAGCACCCAAUCAAUCAGAGAUAAAACUUGACAUCAAACGAGAUCUAUCCAAACGUGAUUCAAUAACACCGCAGAAUCCACUGAAUCAAAUGUUUCGACGUCUAUCAGUUGAUCCAGAGAAAAAAGAAACAUUGCCUAAAAAAACUCCCGACUCCCCAUCUACUGCACACAGAUUCAGUUUAAAGGAGAGCAGUAUUAAUGAUAAUAAUAGUGAAAGCAAUAUUAAUACUUCUGCUACUACUACUACUAUAGGUAAUAAUAUUCAUGCAAAUAACAAAAUCGAGAAUGAUAAACACCUGUCGGAUCAUAGCAGUUCAGUAUUAAAAGAUAUCCGAGAAGAUUUAAAUUCCGCCAGUAAAAUCAACAACCAUCAUGAGAAUGAUAUAAACGAUAAGGCUAAAGAGAUCGCGGCGGCUGAAAUCAAAGCCCUGGACGAUUAUCUCAACAGUAGUGCUAAUCAUACAAAUCAUAAUAAUAACGGUGAACAUCAUGGAUAUGAUAAUGAUAUGAAUAACAAUGAUAAUAAAUUUACUGCAGGGAAAAAGCAUAUAUCAAUUGUCUACGCUAUAUCUCAUGAAUCUACUGAACCAGACAAUGUUGACAAGUAUCUGAAAAGUACCACAGAAGAGGAUCGUGCAAAAACACGUAAAAAUGUGAAAAUUGUACAUGCUUAUUCUAAGUUAGACAGUGAAGUUGAUUUUAUAUAA